AGCAGCAGCAGCAGGAGGAGGAUGGGGCUGCCCUGGCCCUUUGCUCUGCGGAGGACCCCGGCCGCUGCCCAGGCGCCAGGGCAGGUGGGCUCCGGCUGCAGCAGGGCGCUCUUUGGACAGCCCCUGGCAGCCCUCUGCGGGGAGGACGGCUCCCUGCCCCAGCCCAUCCAGGAGAUGCUGGCUGUCCUGCACCAGGAAGGACCGUCGACAGAAGGGGUAUUCCGAAGAGCUGCCAGCGGGACAGAGUUUCGUGAGCUGCGGGAGGCCCUGGACCGCGGUGCGGAUGUCGACCUGGGCAGCCAGCCUGCGCUGCUGCUGGCCGUCAUCUUGAAGGACUUCCUCCGAAGCAUCCCCGCCAAGCUCCUGGUGACAGACCUCUUCGAGGACUGGAUGGCAGCGAUGCAGAAGAGCGGCAAGGAGGAGAAGGUUGAAGAGCUGAAAGCGGUGGCCGAGAAGUUGCCUGGAGCCAAUCUCCUCCUCCUCAAGCGGCUGCUGGCCCUCCUCCAGCACAUUGGCCACAACGCCUCCAGCAGCAGAAUGACCGCCAGCAACCUGGCCAUCUGCCUUGGGCCAAAUCUGCUGAGCCCACCUAACGAGGACCUGCUCCCCCUCGAGGCCAUGCUGGUGGUGACUGAGAAGGUGAACGUGCUGGUGGCGUUUCUCAUUGAAAACUGCGGUGACAUCUUUGUGGAGGAGAUGGCUGGCCGCUCCUGUCCAUCAGCCGGGGAGUCGCCAGCACCCAUGGACAGAGCCACAGACCUGCAUUUGGAAGAGCAAAGUGGCCCUGCAGGCAGAGCAGACAAGGACCACCAGGCAGAAGCCUUGCUGCAUGCACCACCCGCCUCUCUGCUGGACGUCCUCAAAGAAGCUGGGGGAGACGCGGUGGUGGAGUCCGAAACGGCAGAGGCACCCGUUGCUUUGGCUCCAACCACCCCAGGGACCACAGUAGACUCCCUGGGAUGCACAGAAGGACUAAAGAGCGUUUCAGAGGAAAGAAGGUAAAAUGAGUCAGCUUUGGGUAAAUCAAGAACUGAUUCUAGUUGAUCCUGGCUUUACCUACCUAAUCAUACUGUGGGAUGGAAAGGUUUGCAGGCUCCCCCCAGGAAAAGGAAAACCGAAAGAAAAGAAAGAGAAAACAGGCCUGGGCGGAGGAGAAGGAAUGCCAACGAGAAAAGAAAAGAAGGAAGAGAGAAAGAGAUGG